AUGUUACUUAGAUACGGAGGUGUAACCGAGAAGAGUCUCGUUGCGCUGUUUGAAGGGUGUACGCGGCUGGAAGAUCUUUAUGUGUAUUGCUCGAAGAAUGCUGCCAUUCCUCCGUCGACUGACCGACUUGCUUUGCUACAGCACCUGGAUCUCGUAGCAAGCGUUAAGCGUCUUCCCGACACACUGACUUCGUUACAAUCACUCAAAACCCUCGUGCUGAACACUUACGAUCUUGAGGCUUUGCCGCUAGACUUCGGCAAUCUGGUUUCUUUGACGUCGCUGGAGCUGAACGAUUGCCGCUUGGCGUCACUUCCGGAAUCUUUCGGGCAGCUUACCGCUCUUAACCGCUUAUUCUUAAGUGACUGCUCGACGUUGCAGUUGCCGGCCUCUUUCACCGAGGUAUCUUCUCUCGCCGUUCUGGAGUUUCGAGAUUGCAGCAUUCGUCUUCCGUCGCCGGUCAAUUUCGGUCAACUGGGGGCACUCGAAACCGUUAUCUUGGUUAGAGUGAGCGGAAUGCGCGACUUGGUUGCUAAUCUGGAGCAUUUCCAGCAAUUGAAGACUCUUAUUAUCAAGGACUGCAGUGAUAUACCGAUUCUGCCCGCGUCUCUUCCCCGCCUGCCUGCACUCUCUGAACUCACCCUGGACAUUGGACAAAUCUCAUUGCUGCCCGAAGAUUUCGGGCAGCUGUCAACGCUUCGGACACUCGUGCUAAGUCUGGCAGAUGUCACAGCCUUACCCGAUUCCAUCGCCCUGGUUACUACGCUUCAAGAGCUUUCUCUCAAUCACCUUCGACGGCUGACAUAUCUGCCCCAGGAGUUCGGGCAGCUAAUUUCUUUGGAGAAGCUGUGUAUGAAAGGCCUUCAACAGCUCAGACAGCUGCCCGAGACAUUCGGGCAGUUGAUAGCUCUUCGGGAGCUGAAAGUUUUGCACUGUAGCCAGCUGCGGCAACUCCCGGACUCCCUGUCGCAGCUGUCUUCUCUAGAGCACCUGGAACUUAGCUACUGUCUGCGCCUCACGGUGCUGCCAGAUGACAUGGGGAACGGUCUGCACUCCUUGCGCCAACUGCUCUUACUCAACUGCACCGCUCUCACCCACCUCCCUCCAUCUUUUUCCGGCCUCACAUCUCUCGAAACCCUCGAAAUUCUACACGCGAAAGUCUUCAGGGGCACGCUGCUAGACGGCUUUGGCUCCUUGAAAAGCCUCAAGAAGCUGUCGAUUGAGGCUAUGCCGUGCCUAUCCGCCCUUCCUGCUUCUUUCUCGGGCGUUUCUUCCCUCACCAGUCUGGAAGUGGGAAAUUGCCCGAAAGUGACGGUCCUUCCAGAGGGGUUCGGACGGCUGAGGGCGCUCGAGGAGGUCAGGAUCUUUAGAAUGGACGGCCUGAUAUGCCUCCCCCCGUCGCUUCUUGACCUGCCCCGUCUGCGGGCAUUGGACGUGCGGGCGUGUGAUGGGUUAAGUGCGGUGCUAGGCGAUGAGGUGCUUAGACGUACUGCAAGGGGCGUUGUGACCAGCGUCAGCAGGCGGAGCAGCAGCCGCCCUUUGCUUCCUUCCAUUCAAAGCCUCAAGUUAAAGGAGCUUAAUGUUGAGUCUUUUGGCCCAUCCCUUGGUCGUCUAUCCUCUCUGACACAGCUGAAGCUUCUGGAAAUGGAUAGGCUUAAGUCUCUCCCUGAUUCCAUUUCUCAACUCUCGCAACUGCAAAGGCUCAAGGUUCACUCGGCUUCUAUUCUGAAAGCACUGCCCGAGACACUUGGAGGGCUGGCAGGGCUGCGUGUCUUGCAGCUGGUUUACCUCACGACUAUGCGGCAGUUGCCCGAGUCUCUCGGGCAGCUGAAAAUGCUCGAGACGCUGGAAAUUAUUGAUUGCUUCAAGUUGAUGCAGCUUCCGGAUUCGUUUGUGAAUCUGCCAAAGCUUCAAUCCUGCUCUCUUAUCAAGCUCGGAGUCUCAACCAUCCCGGAUGAUAUCUGGAAGCUUUCUUCCCUUCAGAAGCUGCUGUUGCUGGGUCUGAAGCAGUUGCGAAGCUUGCCGGAUUCGUUUACUCAGCUACCUAGGCUUGAGGAGUUAGAGUUGUGUGCGUGCAAGAAGCUGACUCAGCUGCCCUAUUCUCUUCGGAAAAUGCCGUCGUUGCGGGAGUGCCGCAUCAAUGAAUGCCCUUUGCUGGCCAGGCGAGACACAAGAGGAGUUUUUGUAAGGAGAGCAGAGGAGGGAGAGGAGGGGGGGAGGGAGGAAGGGGAUGCGGAAGAGGAUGAGGGGGAGGAGGGAGGCGAUGUGGCUGGUGAAAGGGAAGAGGCAGGCGGGGAGUCAUCAGAGGAAGAGGAGAGUGGCGGUGAGGAUGAGGAGAGUGGUGGGGAGGAUGACGAGAGUGGUGGUGAAGAUAGUGAUAUAGAGCAUGAGUAUGCGCUGGACAGUGAUUAUGAGAUGGGUGAUGGCGGAGGCUGGGGGGGGAGUGAUGACGAUGACUAG